ACAAUAAUCAUAUCACAAUAAACACCUUCGCUAUCUCAAAAAAGUACAAAACGUCCACAAAUGGCGGGCAGAACCCUCAAGAAGUCGGCGACGGCGAUCUCGGAUACGUUGCGCCGCACGUUCUCCUCGAAGACUUGGGAGCAUCGUGAGCAGCUGCAUUCUCUUCAGGAAGAUAAUAAAUUCUUUUUGCGAAAAGUGCGAUGGCAAAUUGCACUUCUAGCUCAUUUUGGAUUUGCGAUUUCGUUUGGAAUUCGGUCGAAUUUUGGAGUUGCCAAGAAUCGGAUGAUCAAUAAUUUUACAGAUGCAUAUGGAGAAGUUCAUGAAAAGGAAUUCUUCUGGACAGGAACCGAAGUCGGAAUGAUGGAGAGUUCUUUCUUCUAUGGCUACGCUGCCUCUCAAAUUCCGGCCGGUGUGAUCGCCGCCAAAUUCGCGCCCAACAAACUCUUCAUGCUCGGAAUCCUCUUCGCCUCCCUGCUCAACAUAGUCACCGCAAUCUGCCUGAACUUUCACCCGUUCACCGAUAUCUUCGUGAUGGUCAUACAGGUUAUGCAGGGACUCGCCCUUGGAGUAUGCUAUCCAGCAAUGCACGGAGUCUGGAAGUACUGGGCUCCACCACUCGAGAGAUCCAAACUCGCCACGACUACAUUCACCGGAGCCUCAGUCGGUGUGAUGGUUGGACUGCCCGCGUCUGCGUACCUUGUCUCUCAUUUCAGUUGGAGCACACCGUUCUAUGUAUUUGGAGCACUGGGAAUUGUGUGGUCGAUUUUAUGGAUUUACGUGUCGGGUACAAGUCCGGAAACUCAUGGGUAUAUAAGUGCAGAUGAGAAAAAGUAUAUCACGGAGAAAGUUGGAUCGGUAGCUGUGAAGAAUAUGACGCUUACCACUCUUCCAUGGCGUGACAUGAUGACAUCCACCGCUGUAUGGGCAAUCAUUAUCUGCUCCUUCUGUCGCUCGUGGAGCUUCUUCUUGCUCCUCGGAAACCAGCUGACCUACAUGAAAGACGUCUUGCAUAUUGACAUCAAAAACAGUGGUCUCAUCGCGAUCUUCCCGCAACUUGGAAUGUGCAUUGUCACACUUACCAGUGGUCAACUAUCCGAUUACCUAAGAUCUUCUGGAAAAAUGAGCACAGAAGCCGUCAGAAAAUCCGUGAACACUUUUGGAUUCACAGUUGAAGCAGUGAUGCUAGGAUGUCUGGCGUUUGUUCGGGAUCCUGUGAUUGCAGUGACUUUCUUGAUCAUUGCUUGCUCGGGAGCCGGAGCCGUUCUUUCUGGAUUCAAUGUGAACCACUUUGAUAUUGCUCCAAGACAUGCUCCAAUCCUUAUGGGAAUUGCAAAUGGACUCGGAGCCAUCGCAGGCGUUGGUGGAAUCGUCACAAAUUCGUUGACAUAUCAGAAUCCUGAUGGCUGGCAAUGGGUUUUCCUUCUAGCCAUGUCAAUCGAUAUCUUUGGAAUAAUUUUCUUCCUCAUUUUCGCGAAAGGAGAUGUUUUGCCGUGGGCUCGCGAACCGGAGAAGGAGGAGACGUUCAACGAAUUUGUGCGACGAAUGUCCACAAUGGUGAGAAGCUUGUCAAGGCGAACAAGGACACGCAGUACUGAUACGAAUUAUGAUAAAAUGGAGGAAGAAAGAGUCAACUCUUCGGAAAUGAAGGCUUGUGCCAAAUCCGAUGUUCCAGUACCAGAAGAAGGUGUUCUGAACGAGACGCAAGCCAUCGGUGGAAGCCUCGAAGUUGUGCCUGAAGAGCCAGCAAAUAAGAAUUUGAGAACGGAUAGGCCUGAAGUUUAAAAAAUUCACACACAUUUUUCAUAUUUAUGCAUAUUGUCCAAAUUCCCUAUACUGAUCUCAAUGUCCUUUACCAUUUCUCCCGACUGACGGCCAUGUCGUCGUAGUUCCUUGACAAACAUGCAAUUCCGAUCACUUUAAAGGCGCAUAGGGAGGAAUUUUGUGUCUAACCCGGCAGAUGUCGGAUGUUUAUUUUCAUCCUCUCCUGCUUGAACUUGAAACUUUUUCAAAUGUCUGUAGUCAUUUUAAUGUGUUCUUUCUGUCUUUUUUCAAACUAGUCACGUUUUAUGCUCUUACCAAUCAAUACGACUCACUCGAUUUUUAUAAAUUUGUUUUGAAUUUC